GUCCGCGCGCGUCCGCACAGGGAACCCGGCUUGAACCGUGGCCAGAGGCUCGGCACUCGGCGAAAAAAAUCGCGGUCGUCGACGCAGGGGAAAAAUAACAUACAUGGCACGAUAAAGGCCCGUGGCGUUGGAGCGUAACUUGUGCAACGAUCUCGCAGGCUCGCGGCCGUCAAGCGCGUUGGACCGCACUCUCGGCACCGGCACGCCCGCGCUCGCCACUCCGCGCCGCGCCGCUCGGGAUUAUGAGCUGCGGCGGUCUUAACCUUUAAUGACAGCCCCGCAUAUCCAGGUCACAUAAGCAGCAGCGAAAUGCAGACGAUAAAGUGUGUCGUGGUAGGUGAUGGAGCGGUCGGUAAAACGUGUCUCUUGAUUUCGUAUACCACGAACAAGUUCCCCUCGGAAUACGUGCCUACUGUCUUCGACAAUUAUGCAGUAACUGUGAUGAUAGGAGGUGAUCCGUAUACGUUAGGAUUAUUUGAUACUGCAGGUCAGGAAGAUUAUGAUAGAUUGCGUCCGCUAAGUUAUCCUCAGACCGACGUGUUUCUCGUGUGUUUCUCGGUCGUGUCGCCGUCGUCCUUCGAAAAUGUCAAAGAAAAGUGGGUGCCAGAAAUAACGCAUCACUGUCAGAGAACUCCGUUCCUACUUGUCGGGACGCAAAUCGAUUUGAGAGACGACGUCGCGACAAUAGAGAAACUCGCAAAGAACAAACAGAAGCCGAUAUCCGGAGAGCAAGGGGAGAAACUCGCCAAGGAACUUAAAGCUGUAAAAUAUGUAGAGUGCAGUGCUCUGACGCAGAAAGGCUUGAAGAACGUAUUCGACGAAGCUAUUUUAGCCGCGCUGGAGCCACCUGAACCGGUGAAGAAGAGGAAGUGUGUAAUUCUGUAAAGUGACGGGGUAUUGAGGAUCAUCGGUGGGACGCAUGCCUGAAUUCAAAACGACACUGUAGUACCAGGCGACGAUCUUGUGUGUAGUAUAACUCUGUAUUAAAUAGAACUAAAUUUGCCUCUACACGAGUUCGUAAUCGUAUUCGGAAAGGGUGAGCAAAUCGUCGGGCGACCGCAGACACAUUCCACGAGGCGUGCGAUAAUUACUCUGAGCGUGUAAAGCCGGAUAAAACUUUUCUAUCAGAUAAUAACGGCUGGUUCUUUUUCUUUCCGAGAAGAGUUACGCCGCACAAAGCUUUCAUUUUUCCAGUACGACUUUCCAGAACGAGACGUUCGGAGCGGGGAUUUUCAGAUAAAUCUCGAAAUCGCUCCAAGCUCCAUUGACUUUUAACGUUUACACUCGAUAGGGGCAGGGAUGGCGAAGCAAAUAGAGAUUGGUGCUAUUGUUCAACAAUAUUUUUUUAAGUCGAAACGUUUACCGAGGUAUAGGUAUCUGAGUCGUCGGUAUCUGAGAGAAUGCUCAUUCGAGCGAUAGAGCGCUCAAGUAUCUUCCGCUAAAACGACGAGUGCGUACUUUCUUUUUCGACGCGUAUUACAAUGAAAUUUUCAUUCUCGGCGACGUCAGUAUUAGGAGCUCUAUGAUGAAUAUAUAAAAACGAUAAAUAUAGCAGUAUCACUUAGACAUACUGUCGAUUGCAUGUGACAAAAAGAUUAUUGCUACUUCUAACAACCUACUAUAAAGCAUCGUAGAUAUUCGGGGACUCUUGCAAUAUCGCGUUUCCGGUAGCGCAGGCUUAUCUCGACGUUAGUACAAUUCCACGAAGGAUUAUCGCGGCGAGUAGUUUCAUUGCUCGUCCUGUGAACACGCGUUAUCGCGAGGGCUCUCUAAUAUCGCUAAUAAAUCUUCGGAAUCACAUUAAAGUGCACACGAAAGCUUUCAGAAAAAUCGACCAAUUUUUCAAUAUGUUUUUGAAUGCCGUUUUCCUACAUAGAGCAAAGUAUUUUUCAGCAACUUUACUACCUAAUAAGUCAGAAUUAAAGAGCUUCUAAACCAACGUUAGUCUCCCUUCCAUGCCGCGGCUGCGCAGGGGGCACUUAGUGAUGGAAAGCUCGAAGACUGUUUAAAAAGGUCGCACCGAGGACGAAAGGAGAAAAGGACGUUUGUGCCUGCAGUGGAAAGAGUAACGUUAACUAGGGCGGGAAGGGCGAAACGAAGACGCGCUUUACGAUUCACACGUAAGAUUGUGUAUGCGAAAUUCUUUCGGUUAUCACGAUGCUGCAUGCAGUCAACUUAUGAACAAUUCAGUCCCGGCGGCAUGCGACCGGCUGAUUUUUUUUUAUUAACUGUCCGAACUGUCGCAUAUCGUUAGUACUAUUGACGCAUAACGAAUGCGUCGUCGCGAUGCAUUCGAUAUGUCGACGUCGAAUGGGGGAGAGGGAAGGGGAGUGUUGCGAGAGAAAGCGUUUUAUCAAAAGGGUUUAAUCAACUUUUACACUACGAAUCCAGUUAAAAGUAACAGCAUUUAUUAGCACUGUAAUGUGUCAUAAUAUGUAGACACGACCAUGUAACGAGAUAUUCGCAUAAAUAUAUUUAUACCAUGUAUACGA